AUGGAAUUAUUAAACCAUUAGGAAAAAGAAUUAUUAAAAAAAUAUAAUAAUUACAUAUCAAAUACAAAGAUAUAAGAAUCAAUAAAAUAUUCUGAUAUUUUUGUUGGAAAUUAUUAUGUUAAUGUAUGUUAAUUAUAAAAGGAGAUUAAAUUUAAAAAUGUAAAAAUGGAUUUUUAAACUUCUUCAUCUACAAAAAGAGGUGAGUUUAAAAAUAUUAUAUAAGUGUUAAGAAGUUCUCGUAGAUUUAAAAAGAGAGAAGAAAAUGAUAAUAUAAAUAAUAAUUGUAAAAUAAUUGAGUAAAAUUAAAAGAAGAAAUAAUUUGAAAAGAGUUAGAAGUUCUAAAUGAAUAAAUGAAGAAAAAUUAAGAUAAACCAGAGAAACAAGUAAGACAUAAAUCAUCUUUGUCAUAAGAUUAUCCAGAAUAACAAAUUAGAUAAGAGAAAUUGGAUAGUAGAUAAUAAACAAUGAUGAUUUUAAAAUAAUUUAAUGAGUAAUAAUAACAAAUGAAUAGCUAGAAAUUAUUAUCAUAACUUGAAAGAUUAAUAUAAAUGAAAAAAAUAGAUAAUAAGUUCUUUUAUAAAGACAUAUUGAAAAAUGCCCAUAAAUUGGGAAGAGAGUUAAGGAAGAAAUAAAGGAAUUAUUAAAUUAGUUAUUAUGAUAUACGUAUGUAUAAUUAACUUAUAUUCAGAAUUUUGUAUAAAUUUAAUAUCACAUAUUAAUUUUUUAAUGUGGAAAUUACUAUUGAUCACUUUGAGUAUUGUUUAAUUUAGAGCUCAAGAAGAUGAGUUGAAUGAAGAAGAUCAAGAAUCUUUAGAAUCUUAAUAAAAUUGUAAGAAUAUUGUAUUAAUUAUUAGCAUAGUAAAAUUAUUAUUAAUAAUAACAAUAUGGAUGCAUAAUCUUAACAAAAUACCAUCUUUAGGAACGAAGUCAAGAAUUACUGUAAUUAUUUAAAUAGAUUACAAAUGAAUAAGAUAAAAGAAAUUCAUAUGAAAAAUUAUAAGCUUAAUUAGUAAUGUAAUGUAUGCAAAAAAUCUAAUACUAACAAUUGGCUGAUCUUUUUAAUUAGUUGAGACAAUAAACUUUUAAAUAUUAAGAUUUUUAGGAUGUUUUUAUGAUGACUGAUUUGAAUUUAGAUGAUGAUUACACUUUAACAGAUUAAGAAAAGAUGAUUUCUAAAGAAAUAGAGGUAUUUAAUACUAUGAUGAUGAUUAUAGUAAUUUGACAAAAAUAUGCAAGAAUAAUAAAAAAAAUAUAAAUAAGAAUAAGGUUAUGAUGACGAUGAUGAUGAAGAAGUAGAUCCAAGAAGAAGACAUUAACCAUAGGGUUAUAAAUUAUUUGGAGUAGAUUUGUCAAAACUAUAAAAUUCAACAUAGAUGAUUAUUUUUAUUAGUUUGGUUUCCUUGUUUAGUGUGAUAUUAUUUUUAGGUCAAUUUAAUAAUUGAUUUUUAUAGGAUUGAGAUUUGUAUAAUAGAAUACAUAAGGUCCAGUGAAGAGAAAUAAAAAAGAUAAGAAGGUGAAAUAAAAAUGAACAUAAAAU